AUGUCGUCCACUACAACAGUCACCACCACCAAGGUAGAGACGCCCUUCACCACGGGCGCACUCCAACAAGAUACAGCCUUUUGGCGGGCCUACAUCGCUUCUCGCCCGGCCCCCUCCGAAGACUUCUUCCGCGUCAUCCAGGAACACCACAACACCCACGGCAACGGCCAGACCUCUCUAGCCCACGAUGUCGGCACUGGCCCGGGUAACAUCGCCGAGCGGCUUCUCAAGUACUACGACCACGUCGUCGGGUCCGACGUCAACGCUCAGGCCCUCGACGCAGCCGGCGAUCUGAUCGCGCCGGACCUGGUCUCCCGCCUGACGCUGGUCCGCUCCCCGGCUGAAACCCUCGCCGACAACAACACGGUCCCGCCUAACGUGGGCCUUGGUAAAACCGACCUCCUCGUCGUCAGCGAGUGCAUCCCGCUGCUAGACGUGCCCCGGGCCCUCAACGCCUUCCACCAGCUUCUCCGCCCCGGCGGCACCCUCGCCAUCUACUUCUACGGCCGGCCCAUCUUCACCACCGGUGACGCGGUCCGUGACGACCGUCUCAACGCCCUGUACGACCGCAUCGCCACGCGCAUCUGCACCUUCCUCCUACCCUUCAAGGGCACGCCCGGGUUCCCGCACCACCAGCGUGCCGCCGAGGCCCUGGCCAGCCAGCUGGAUAACAUUGCGCUGCCGUCGGCGGAGUGGGGGGAUGUGGUGCGGUACAAGUGGAACCCAGACGUGCCGCUGCUGUUUAAUAGCCUGGAGGGGUACGAUUUUGAGCCGGAGCCGGUUGAUCGGCGCGAGAAGGGGGAAACGACUAAGGAGAUUGUUGAUCGGAAGUGGUGGCGGGAUGAGUGGGAUGCUGAUCGGGUUAAGGAGUACUUGGACUCGGUGUAUCCGAGCUACGUGGAGAAGGCGGGCAGUAAAAUUGCUGAGGUUAACGAGGGCGUUGAAGAGCUGCGCGAGGCACUGGGCGGAGGCAAGGCCAGUGUGACGUUUCCUGUGGUGUUGAUCCUAGCGAGCAAGAAAUAG